AUGGGGGAGUUGAUGGUCCGAGCGCAAAAGUACAUCAACUUGGAAGAGAUGAUGGACAAUAGGGGAACCCGCAUUGAGUUGAAGAGAAAAGGGAAUAGUCGGGAAAUGGGCGAAUCCUCCAGGUCUUCGAAAAGGCAUGAGAUCGCAACGCUGCUCGCCAACCCUAACAUGAGACGGCAAUCCAGUAAGUUCUCCACCUACACACCUCUAAAUAUACCACAUUCUGAAGUACUGAUGCAGAUAAGAAAAAAAGAUUAUGUCUCGUGGCCCGAACCCAUGCAAACUCCCUUGCAUAAACAAAACAUGUCUAAGUUUUGCCAGUUCCACAAGGAUCACGGGCACGACACAAAGGAGUGUAUUCAGCUGAGAAACAAAAUUGAAGCCUUAAUAAAAAGGGGAUACCUAUCAAGGUUUAUCAAAAAAGAAGAUCCACUGAGGGAACCUCGUGAGCAAAAGAGACCCAACGCAAACGACAAGGAAGAACAAGUCAUAGGGGAAAUUGCAGUGAUCUUCGGAGGAUCUGUUAGUGGAGGAGACAGCAGAGGAGCUCGCAAAAGGUACGCAAAACAGGUGCUCUCGGUGGAAAAAGGGGAACCAAAUAGCAAAAGAAACAGACAAGGUGAAGAUAUCAUCUUUGACAGUCGAGAUGAAGAAGGGGUACAACAACCACAUGAUGACGCAUUGGUACUCUCCUUGUUGGUGGCGAACUACAAAGUCAGUACUGAAAGGGAUGAAAAUUGGAAAGGAAAGACUCAAACCAAUCACAACUCCCCUGGUUGGGUUUGGUGGAGAUGUGGUUCAUCCCGUAGGGACAAUCACGCUACCUGUGACCAUAGGGACGACCCCACAGCUAGUUACUUCAUUGAUAGAGUUCUUAGUGGUUGA